CUGACCCUGGGUCUCCGGUUGCAGGUGCGCGGCGGAAGGCGGUGCGGACAUGGGCCGCUGGUGACCCUGGUGACCCCGCCGCCGUGGUGAUCGCAAACUGUCACCACUCACCGCGGCGCCGCAGGCCUCGCCAUGCCUGGCAUUGUCAUCUUCCGUCGACGCUGGAGCGUCGGCAGCGACGACCUGGUGGUCCCGGGAGUCUUCCUGUUCGUCGCCCACCUCAUUUGGGUGGCGGCGCUGGUGGCGAUGUUGGCCACCACGGAGAUAGACCGCUCGUCGGUAUGGUGCGUUCGCCAGCUGUGGCGGCACUUCGUCGGCUACCUCUGCAUCCUGGUCGUGUACGUGGUGCUGGAGGGCAUGAUCUCGGCCACGGCCAUGCGCGGCGGCAUCCUCGAGGUGGAGCGGCGGUCCAGCAUCAAGUACCAGAUCUACUGCAGGCUCGGUGUGAUGGUAUUUGAGCUGGUCUGGCUUGUCCUCGGCUGCACAUGGCUGGUUUUUCAUUACGAUGGAUGUCAAGUUGAUAACACGACAAAAAAUGUGAUGCUAGCGCUUAUCAUAUCCAACGGAGUUAUGUUCUUGAGUGUGGUGCUGACUGGAUGGUGCUCCUACGACGCGGCGGGCCGCUCGUGGGUGAAAAUGAAGAAGUACCAACGUUCAAUGCGCGAGGCUGAGAGCCGCUUUCAGUACAAACGAUCUGGCUCCAGAAAUCGGAAUUGGCGCCAAAGAAAAGUGAUGCGAGCUUAUCAGCAGAGCUGGAACUCACGAUGUAAAUGGCUAUUCUGUUGUGUGCAAGGCACAGACAGAAAUCGGAAUUCCUUCACUGACAUUGCUAGGCUCUUGUCAGAUUUUUUUCGGGACCUUGAUGUUGUUCCUUCUGACGUAGUGGCUGGUUUGGUUUUAUUAAGAAAGUUUCAAAAGAUUGAACGAGAAGCCAUCGUUACUCAAAGAAAAAAUGAUACUUAUGAGUUUUUAUCUGGUGUUGCUGUGACGUCUCAAACACGAUUCCUUGCCCUUCAUGAUCCGGAACACUACCAGCAUUUCCAAGAUGUUAUCCACUACAUGAAUUUUGCUCUUGCUGCGUAUGGUUGGCCAAUGUAUCUAAUGACAAAUCAGCUUGGACUGUGCAAACUUUGUCCAAAACUGAGCUGUAUGUGCAUGCCAUGUUUGGGGCCCAAGGACUCAGCUGUAAUCGUGGAGGACAACUGUUGUCAGUGUAACUAUGCUGCCCUCCAAAAAAUGGUGCAAGAGGGAGAUGUUGAUGUGGUUUAUGCAACAUAUCAUGUUGAAGUGGGAGAGACUCCUUUUUUUGUUGCUGUGGACUAUGACAGACAAAAAGUUGUUAUUAGCAUUCGUGGUACCUUAUCUAUGAAAGAUGUUAUAACUGACCUGAAUGCUGAGUCAGAGACCCUUCCCCUGGAUCCACCAAGGGAAGACUGGAGUGGACACAAGGGUAUGGUGCAUGCAGCUUUGUACAUUCAGGAAAAACUAGACAAUGAUAAUGUCUUGGUACAAGCAUUCAAUCACUGUGCUGAACGUGGAACUCAAGACUUUGGCCUUGUUCUAGUUGGCCACUCUUUAGGGGCAGGAGCUGCAGCAAUACUUGCAAUUAUGAUGAGACAGCAGUAUCCUGAUCUUCAAUGUUUUGCAUAUUCCCCACCAGGUGGAUUACUUAGUAUGCCAGCUGUUGAGUACUCAAAGCAAUUUAUUACAUCAGUUGUUGUUGGGAAGGAUGUUGUUCCACGAAUUGGUCUUCAUCAAAUGGAGUCCCUUCGAGCAGAUCUCAUUAAUGCCAUCAAGCGUAGCAAAGACCCCAAGUGGAAAACUAUUAUGUGUAGUGUUGUCUGUUGUGGUUGUGCACACAUGCCAACCUCAGCAGUUGAAUUAGGUGCAGAUGAUUCAAACAUGAUGGAAUAUCAAAAAGAGAAAGACAUAGCAAGAGAAGUAGCCUAUCAUCCCAAUGACUCUAGUAUUGCAUUGACUGUCCAUCAACCAUUGUACCCUCCUGGACGCAUCAUUCAUGUUGUGAGGCACCAUCCAAAGAAAGGAGAGAAUAAAUAUGAGAAAAAGUGGAGACAAGUGCUGUCGAAAAACGAACCAGUUUAUCAAGCGCUCUGGGCAAAUAACACAGAUUUUGAUGAAGUACUCAUAAGUCCUGUGAUGAUUCAAGAUCAUAUGCCAGACACUGUUUUAAGUGCAUUAAAAAAGGUUAUAACAACUGUGGGACCUGCUAAACCACAGAGGGCCGUGUCAACCAUCACUGGUACUUCUCCUUUGUCUGAGACACUUCUGGAUUCAGAGCGUUGUCGCCUGUUGAAUGUAGGCAAUCUUACUCCUUGUACCCCCAAUGCUCCUACUCCUCCUCAUCGUCUUCUGUUGGAGACAAGCUUCACUUCUUUGCAAAGCCCAUGUACCGAAGUCCGUCUUACGUCUGGCAGUUUAAAUUCAUCAAAUGGCAGUCAGGCAAGAUUGACUUCAUCAUCAACAGGUGUUUUUAAAUGGUCUGCUGGGCCACCUGUUCAAACCCCACCAGCUGCUCUCAGUGGUAUCCCAUGGGAAUGUGCGUCAUCAGUUGAGGACAGAUACAAUAGCCGUCCUUCAAGCAGUGGGCAUGGAACUGGGAGUCAGAAAAAGGUUGACUUAAUCCAUGAUGACUGGUUUGGGCUUGCACCUCUAGCAACUCCAGAAAGUUUAUCUGAAGUGUCUAGUAUCAGUUCUCGCACAAGCAGUGUCCACAUUGAUCGUAGUAAGGAGUAUUUUUCUAUAUGUGGCCGCACAAAACUUGGUGCAAGUGGUAAUCAAGAUGUUGUUUUAGUUCAAGGACCAGGUGAGAGUCCUGCUUUCCCAGUGCUUCUUCAUUCCAGUCCACGCACACCACGUGUUCUACGAAGAACUCCUAAAAUAAAUGGAAAUUUGUCUACUGCAGCUGAAGAUGUAGGGAGUAACAUUAAAUUUGCUAUGACUAAUAUAAAUCUUGCCUCUAUUGCUGUGCGUAGAAAUUUACCCGUCCCUCUAGAGGAUUCUAAUACAUUAACUAAUUCCUCCGAAGAUGAGGAUGUUAGCUUAGAAUCUUUCUCUAGACCUAAUAGAUAUCCUAGUGACAUAGAUGUCCCUGUGAGGAGACCCUCACCCCUUACGAAAAUUGCAGAUCAGAGUAGUGUAGAGUGUUGUUCUGAAGUAGACUGCCAUCAGCUUUCACCUUGUCCUGAACUAGCUCCACAAAUGGAAAAUUCCCCAUUCACUUUACAAGAACAAGUUGCCAUUGAAAGCACAAACAGCAGUAAUUUGAGAAGCCACAAAGGACCUGUUUGUCAAACAUCUGCAGAUUCAGGAAAUUAUCAGUGUGGAAGUGAAAGUUUAGCCACCAGUGAAUGUUCUGGGGAUUCUCUCAGUGGGCCAUGGAGUGCACAUAGACAAACAUGCUCUGAAGGAAUCAGCUCAAUAUCACCACCAGCAAGUGCCAGUGGUACUCGGAGUAUUGUUCCUGAUGCUCUUCCGCUCUUGAAAAAUAUUGGUCUGACUGAUACUGGGGAGCGAGAUAAUGAGUCUAUUUUGUCAUUUGGAAAAACUUGCCAGCACUCUUACCCUACCACAUCUGUUGAGAAACAAGAAAGUAGUGUAUAGAACUUGGUGAGUAUGCCCUGCUUCUAGCUGUUGGUGCAGUGGAGAUAAAGCACAAAAAAAAAUCCCAUGAUAUUUAUUUUAUUAUUGGGAUUCAAUACCAAGUGAUGUGGACAUGUGACAAUGACCACUGAACAGUGAAAAAAUGAGCCAUGAUAAUUAAUUUGAUAAAUAGCAGCUAGAAACAGGGUAAUUUUUCAGAACAAAAGAAAAUUAGUCUGAAAAAGUGAAUAAAUUAUGGGAACAAGACUGUUUUAAUCAAAAGCCAGAAUAUGAAAUGUGGUACUUUUAUUAAAAUAUAGAUAGAUUUCCAUUUGAGCUAAGAUAGAUUAGGUUUUCAAUGAUGCCAAAUAAAAAUUAUCUGCGUAUUUGAAACUCAAUAAGGGGCUGUCUUUGUGUUCAUAAAAGUAAUGUUAUGAUCUGUCGCCAAUUUGUUUCUGCCUUCUUAUUAGGGCAGCAGCCAAUAAAUUUUUGUAGACAUGACAUAUGAAAUGUUGUGUACAUGUUUAUAGGAUUUAUGUAUGUUUUAUGCAUCACAGUUUCUGAUAAAAAAAAAAUAUUCUGAUAGCUCUGUCACAAAAUGUUUUUAUCGGCUUUUGAUGGCUUCUGUGUUGGUGCAAUAUAAUGUUUGGAGUCUGUCCCUGGGUACAUAACGUCCAUGUUUUUAUCUCAGGUGCUUAUGAGACCAAAUUUUCCAACAAGCUGUUGAAUUUAGACUGAUACUUUUAUGCAAGGUCAUUAAGCCAUGAGAUUUUUUUAAAGAUCUGUCCUUAAAACUAAUUCCUCAUGGAGACCAAUAGAUGGUAGUAUUUUUUGAUUCAUACCUUUUGGUUUGUUACCUUUUAGCUCACUGACUCGCAAUAUUGAAUUUUUCUCAUCCUUUUGUGCAAUCUUAGGUAGUAUUUAUUUAAUCUUAUCUAUUAAGAAAUCAAUUUAUUUUGUCUUGUUUUCAAUUAUGUUACUAUACCAUGGUGCUCCUUUUGUGACAUUAAUGCAUUGUUGACUUGUAGUUCUUAAAAUUGUGUACUUUUCUUAUGGUCAACCGUAUUGUUUUCCCUUUUUUUUUAUUUUUGUAAACAGUAGUUGCAGUGUUAGUGAAGGUUCGAAGUAAUUGUAGAGUGGCAGUGUGAUGUCAUUAUUCAUACCACCUCCUUCAUACUGUGUAAGGUACAAUAUGAAGAAAAGCUUUCCUUUAUUGUGGUGAAGGAAUGCUUACCUUGAGUGAUCAGCCAAAUUCUAAAUUUAGCUAGCAUUUGCCCUUGUUAUGUGGUUAAAGAGCCUGUGACAUUGUUCCUUUUAGAAGAUCUUAAAGUGAGUACAUAUUUUUAUAGCUUUUCUCUUAUGAUCAAUAGGUUGUUCUCUGCAAUAACAAUGUUACUGUACUAAGUAUUAGUUUUCUGCACUGAUGUGGCAUGCUCGUCCAGCCAAAAACUGUCACUACUUUCUUCCUACCUUCGGAUUAAAUGAACACUCACUCAAUGUUAUUGAUUAUUGGCUCUACUUGGGAGACAUUUGGCUUUGUUCUUGUUUGCCAUUGUCUGUUAGUAGUCGUUAGAUCAUGGUCAUUGUUUUGAACUUCCUCUUGUUUGGCGUCACUCUGCUUUCUCAAAAAAUUAAUAUACACCAUGGUGUAUUGCUUUGCAAAUGGAUACAUUAUAAACGAGUUAAAGAAACAAUAUGUGUAUGUGACUUAAAUGAUCUAUAAGAACUUAAUUUCACAUCUGAAAUCCAUAAGUAGCAAACUACUGAUGGAUCCAAAGAUGUUGUGCCUACCUGUAUGUAGGACGAUUCUCUGUGAUUUCUUAGCAUGCUAAGUAGUUAUAUGCUCAUUGUACUGUGCUGCAUCUCUAAUGUGUUCUACUGCAGGAUCAGGCUCAGUUGUUUUCCAUUUAUGGAAAUGGUACUCAACGAACAUUUCAGACACAUGAUGUAAUAAUUUAAUAAGCCUCAAACUGUUAAUUGCUUCAUUACUUUUUAGAUUCAACUGUUCAAUAGAUGACACCAGUCAGUUAUGGUGUCAUUUUAUCUAUCAUAAAUUUAUGUUCAAUAAAAAUUUUCUACUUAAAUGUGAUCAUAUUGUCAAAAAUGAGCAAUUGUGUUCAUAAACAAAUACUUUCAUAAAGCUCAAAGCAGAUAUAAAGAUUAGAAUUUUAUAAAUCAGCUGUUAGCUAACUGGCUGAACUGUUGUUGGUUCACCUCAAAGUAUAAGUAAGGAAGUGAAUUUAUUUUGCCUGCUUUCAUUAAGUCUAAAAAAAUACUUGAGGGUAUUUUAUGUUUGUGAUAAAUGUGUCCAGAUUGAUUACUGUCGGUCAAUAAUAUUCUUCAAGAUCUCAUAUAUUCAAAUAAAAGCAAUGUUAAUGAA